GUAAACACAGAGCUUCUCCAGUCCAUUUUGUUCUCUCCGUCUUUCUUCAUCGUGUCGCCAGAAAUUCCCAGAUUUUCAGCUUUGUUUCGUAAACCUUAUUCCAUCUGCACCAGUUAGAUGAACUACCUCAGCAGAGGCUACCAGGACAUCAGUGAAUUUCAGUCAUCAUGGACCAGACUCCUGAUCUCCCACAUCGUUGCUGCCUUAGUCCAGAGGCAACCCUGAGGGAAAUCCAGCUCAACUUACUGGAGUGUAAAGUCUGCUUUGAGAUGUUUGACUCGCAACAGAGGGAGCGCAGACCACAGAACCUUUCCUGUGGUCAUGUACUCUGUCUGGAAUGCAUCACAGCUUUGUCCCACCCUCUCCUGAGGAAGCUGGAGUGCCCGUUCUGUCGACAGCUGUGCAGUGUUGACAGCACCUCCUAUUGCCAGGUUCUGAGUGACCUGCAGGAGCUCCUCUUGUCCCAGAAAUCCUCGUCCUCCUAUCCCCCUCACAGGUCCGAAGGAGGAUUUAUCUCGGAAACAGCUCUGCAUCUCCUUGCUGCGUUUGGGGGUUGGGGGACUCUCAUCAACCCCACUGGAAUCGCCGUUUUGGGCUCUGUGGGGGGAGUAGUUGUGGUGCAUGAUGGAGAGAAGAGAGUAGUGGUGUUUAACCAACAAGGGAAGAAGCUGCACAGUUUUGGAGAAAAAGGAACAGGCAAUGGGGACAUCUGUUACCCAGUGGAUGUGGCAGUGAGUCCUACUGGUUAUGUCAUAGUGACAGAUGCAGGAGAUAAAUCUGUGAAGGUUUUCACAUCCAGGGGGAUACAUGUAGUGACGGUCAAAGAUUGCUUCCAACUUCCAUGGGGCGUAGACACAGACUGUUGUGGGCACAUCCUGGUUUCUGACCUCCAGGCUGGAAAUCUGCUCAGAAUUAAAGUGAACUUUAGUUGUGGCAUUAUCCUGGAGAGUCAAAAAGUCCUGGCCAACCUUUGUUGUCCCAAAGCAGUGGCUCAUUGCCAAAAAAACGGAAACACAGCAGUGUUGGAGCAUCCAAGAGGAAGGCACCGCAGCACAAAUUUGAAGGUGUUUACGAAAGACUUCCACCUUCUUUACCAGAUGGACAACUUCAGCCUGAUCCUCCAAUCGUCCUUUAGGUUAAACAUAUCGGAUGUGGCUUUCAGCAGUGAUGGAGAUGUGGUUGUGUCUGACUGUGAUCAGGGGUUGAUUUGUAGUCUAGGAAACCUUCAGAACCAUCCAGUCCUGACUCCUCUUGUCGGGGUCCAUCUCAUUCGACCUGCUGGGUUGGUAAUACUGAACAACACGAUAAUCACAGUGGACGGCGGUGACCAUACGGUGAAGAUUUAUUCUAGUAAACCCGGUGCUUGAUGCAACAUGGUCAUUACAUAAUAAGAAACCAAGAUGGGGUAAUGGAGAAACAGAAAAAGUUCGUUUGAAGUAUUUUGUUGUUUUCAUGCUUUCUACUUUUAAAUAUUUCUGUAGAUUAACUCGUCUGUUUGAAGGAUACUUAUUAUCUGCUGGGUGUACGCUUAUGAGCAGGGUAAUUAAAAUACACUAAGAAGUUGUGAUUUAUUCUAUCCAUCCAUCCAUUUUCUAUACACCCUUUGUCCCUAAUGGGGUCAGGAGGGUUGCUGGUGUCUAUCCCCAGCUAACGUUCUGGGCGAGAGGUGGGGUUCACCCUGGACAGGUCGCCAGUCUGUUGCAGGGCAACACAGAAAACAGACAGGACAAACAACCAUUCACACACACACUCACACCUAGGGAGAAUUUAGAGAGACUAAUUAACCUGACAGUCAUGUUUUUGGACUGUGGGAGGAAGCCGGAGAACCCGGAGAGAACCCACGCAUGCACAGGGAGAACAUGCAAACUCCAUGCAGAAAGAUCCCCGGCUGGGAAUCGAACCCAGGACCUUCUUGCUGCAAGGCAACAGCUCUACCAACUGCACCACUGUGCAGCCCGUUGUGAUUUAUUGUUUUCCAAAUUUUUCCCUUACUCUGAACAGCUAAGAAGCAGUUCUGUUUGUUUAAGUACAUAUUCCUGCUGUAAAGUGAACCUCCACUUCAAGCCUUCUACAUGCGUUUCUUCAUUUAUCCGUUAACUUCUGGUGUCCUUCUGUUGCUACAUUACUCAUACUUAAUGGCAAAACAAGAGAUGAAACUCCCCCCGCCCUGAGUUGGCUCAGGUGGAAUGAGCAAAAUCUUCAAGGCAGGUUCAUCCAACAAUGACUAAUAAAUACUGGGACGACUAGUGAAGCCAGCCGAGUCUGAUUACUGAGUGAUUACUGAGUGUUAAACUGGUGAAAACGGAAACAGAGGAAAAUAAGUGAUCAUGAUGAGUAAAGCAGCAUCAAUAACAGAGAACACAAAAGUAGAAAACAAAACAAAAGUCCAGGAAGAACAAAAGUAACAAAACUUCACAUUCAAACUUGGCCCACAAUGUUUAAAAGUUAUAGCAAUGGAACUGAGAUGCUGAUUGUGUAGCAACUUCACACUGUCAUCCCAUAUUUAUGUGUUCAAUGGGGAGGUCCGUGUAAGUUUUGGUAAUUUGAUAGUUUCAUAAUAAACGAGUAAUAAAAAAAAAGAAAAAUAUUAUCGAAUUUGGCAUUUCUAUUUAACAUAAAUAACUAAAAAUAUGUAAAAAUAUAAAAACAUAAUAACUGAAAAAUGUGCCGGUUUUACUUUCUUGUGGUGAAGAAGUUAACUUACUGACAUCCGAAUUCAAAUUUGAUUUGAUUUUCUAUUCUUCUUUCUAUUUUAAUGCUGAUAAGAUCACUAUCAAAAAUAAGGUAAAAAGAAUUGCCCCUUUUUCAUAUUUCACUUCGACUAUUGUAUUUUUGUGUCGGUAGGAGGCGCUGUUUCUUCAGAACAAAUCAAAGGUGCUCCAUUAUAUGAACGUUUUCGGAUAUAUUUAAAAAACACAGAGAAAAGCUUUAGUCGAAUAAAUACGUAUUUGACUGUUUUUAUUGCACUAUGUGC